AUGGCUUUCCUCAAAAACCUUCUCUCACGACGACGCCGUUUCCACUCACACAUAAACCCUAAAACCCUAACUUCCCUCCACUGCAAUUUCACGCUCAGACCCAUCGCAACCUUACCCCAAACCCAACCCCCAAAAUCCCAAACCCAGCAAACCGAAAAACCUCUCAGCACUUUCUUCUCCGGAGUAAUGUCAGGCAAAAUCACAACAAUAGAAGAAAACGGCGAAGGUGACAUCGAUAUGAAGAAAAAACUGAAGCAGUUAACGGAAGAAAUUAGAAUCUUGAAGGAGAAAAAAACAAAAAGGGUUCCAAUUUUAACGAAAGAUGUUCCAAAGAAAAUUGAAAAAAUGAGCUUAUUUUCUGCGUUUACCAAUCAACCUCUUCCUGAUGGUGUUAUAAAUACGAAAAAGGAGGCAGAGAAGAAGCAGAAGCCUAGGGAACCUUUUGUUGUUAAGGAGCUUUCAAUUGAUAUGGUGGUGUUUUUGAAGUAUUUGUACGAAAAUGGGUAUUUUAAGGAUGCUAAAUUUGUUAAUGUUCAUGAAAGAUUUGAUCUUGGUUGGUUUGAGAGUCCUUAUGCUUUGGGGUAUGCGAAGUUUGCAGCACAGAAAUUUGCAUGUGAUAAUCGUGACAUUGCCAAAUGGCUAUCAGGAAGUGCAGUAAAGCAAGUGGCUGUGUUUGGCUGCCCCUCCACCGGCAAGAGUUGUGUCUUCCCUGUGAAAAGACUGCGGAAAUUUUUCGAGGUUCCAGAAAAUACAGUUUGUGGUAAAUGCAUGCUGCGAGAAUCAUGCAAGUUUGCGAAUCAAAAUGUGUGGAAGUGUGAUGCCAAUAAAUUGGACAUGGAGUUAGUUAUGAAGGUUGUGAUUUCAUAUGCUUUACACUUGGUGCAUCCUCAGCUGGUAGUGUCUGAUGAAGUGAACAAGUCUGUAAAUCAAUUACUGAACGAGUUUGUGAAACUGAGUAAAAUCACCUGA